AUGGCCGCCGAGCCGGGCGGCGGGCGCGCCUGGUCUACCCGCUGCUGCCGCCCGCCGCUCGCGGCCUUCACCGCCGGGCUCCUGCUGCUCCUGCCGCUGCCGCUCUGCACCUCCGCCUCCUCCUCCUGUCACCAUCGCGUACCCACCAGCGACCAGGUCGUCUAUCAAGUUCCUCUAAAGGAAAAUCACGUCUCGAAGAGAAACGUGGAUCAACAGCUAAGAAUUAAGAUUGUGUAUGACAGAAGCGUUGAGGAUUUGCUGCCUGAGAAAAGACACCUUAUAAAGAACAAACUCUUCCCACAAGCUAUAUCUUACUUGGAGAAAACAUUUCAAGUGCGCAAAUCUGCCGGUGCUAUAUUGCUAAGCAGGCAAUGUGUGACAAACCAAUAUUUAAGGAGGAAAGCUGACCCUCACAGAUAUUGCCAAAAAGCCUGUGCAGACCAUACAAGGUGUGGGCCGGUUAUAGUUCCUGAGAAACACCUCCAGCAAUGCAGGGUGUACAAUGACAGCGACUGGCACCGCAGGCCCACGGGCUCCCCCGAGCAGGAGGGGGUUCGAGAUGCUGACUUUGUGCUCUACGUUAGUGCUCUCACUACUGACAGGUGUGGCCAUGAAAAUAUCAUUGCAUAUGCAGCCUACUGCCAGCUGGAAGCUGAAAUGGACAGGCCAAUAGCAGGAUAUGCUAACUUGUGUCCAAACAUGAUUUCAACGCAAGCUCAGGAAUUUGUUGGCAUGUUGUCUACAGUGAAACAUGAGAUAAUCCAUGCAUUGGGUUUCUCUGCUGGACUGUUUGCAUUUUAUCGUGAUGAUGAUGGAAAACCUUUGACACCAAGAUAUGCAGAUGGACUUCCUCCUUUUAAUGAAAGCCUAGGUUUGUAUCAGUGGAGCAAUAAAGUUGUUCAUAAAGCAGUGAGGCUGUGGGACGUACGUGGUGGCAAAAUGCUGCGCCAUGCUGUUCAUCUUCUGGUGACACCUCGGGUCAUCGAAGAAGCCCGAAAACAUUUUAAUUGUCCAAUUCUAGAGGGAAUGGAGCUUGAAAAUCAAGGUGGCAUGGGUACUGAACUCAAUCACUGGGAGAAGAGAUUGUUGGAGAAUGAAGCAAUGACUGGAUCCCACACUCAGAAUCGAGUCUUUUCCAGGAUCACCUUAGCAUUAAUGGAAGACACCGGAUGGUAUAAAGCAAAUUACAGCAUGGCAGAGAAAUUAGACUGGGGACGCAAUAAAGGCUGUGACUUUGUAAUGAAGAGCUGCAAAUUCUGGAUUGACCAGAAGAGACAAAAGAAGCAAUUAAUCAGUCCAUACUGCAACACUUUGAGGAGUAAUCCUUUGCAGUUAACCUGCAGACAGGACCAAAGAGCAGUAGCAGUGUGCAACUUGCAGAAGUUUCCAAAGCAGUUACCUCAGGAAUAUCAGUACUUUGACAAUCUUAAUGGAGUACCAGCAGAAGAACUGCCUUACUAUGGUGGCUCAGUAGAAAUUGCUGACUAUUGUCCCUUUAGUCAGGAAUUCAGCUGGCAUUUAAGUGGUGAAUUUCAACGCAGUUCAGACUGUAGAAUAAUUGAAAACCAGCCAGAUCCUACCAAAAACUAUGGUGCAGAGAAAUACGGACCAAACUCUGUAUGUCUUAUUCAGAAAUCUGCUUUUGUUAUGGAACAGUGCAGGAGGAAACUCAGUUACCCUGACUGGGGUAGUGGAUGUUAUCAAGUUUCUUGUUCUCCACAAGGGCUGCACGUGUGGGUCAAGGACACUGCGUACUUGUGCAGCCGCUCAGGCCAGGUGUUGACUGUGAGCAUUCAGAUGAAUGGCUGGAUACACGUUGGCAAUCUGAUUUGCCCAGCCUGUUCAGACUUCUGUGAGUCCUGUCCCCCAGAGAGGGAUCCUCCAGCUUCUAACUUAACAAGAGCUGCACCCAUUGACUUAUGCUCCUGCUCAUCCAGCCUGGUUGUAACCCUUUGGCUGCUGGUGGCCAACUUAGUUCCCCUGCUAACAGGAUUGUUUCUCUGCGCAUAGACUUGAGCUUGGGGCAAGAAGAAGUUCUGAGAUAAUCCUGCUGCCCUCCUUGCUGUGGAGCACGGAGGUUCUGUCUCAGCAGGCAGCUUUCUCCUGCUGAACCUCAUCUCCCCUGGCAAGUAUUGCUGCACACAGUAGUCAGGGAAGUGUUGACAAAAGCAGGUAGAAUUUUGAGAGGAGGAAAAUUUACCUUGUCAUCUCAAUAAGUGCCAGUAUUUUCCUGAAUUGCAUCCUAUGGUUUUUUUGACGCAGUAACAAGAUCCACUUUGCCAACUGUUUUAAACUACCUGGCAGCUCAGUCAAGAUUUGAAAUGAGAACUCUUCUGUAAUAGAACUGAGGGCUGUUUUUUUGUUAUGUCUGUUGUGUGAUUGGUAGCAAAGCAUCCUCAAACUGGAAAUAUACCUCAGUGGUUUAGUCAAAAGCCAUGUAAAAAUCAGUUGUCAUCACUGCUGAUAACCAAGGCCUAAAGAGGCUGGUAAUUUGUUUGUUUGUUUUUUUAAUUAUUUCAAUUUAUGGGGGAGGAAAGAAUGUAAUUGGAUAAAGCAGUGGUUGGCAGAUGCCUCCACAACUGUAUUCCACAGCUUUGAGCCCUCUCAGAAUUCAUGCUAGGUAAAGCAGCUAAUUCUUGGGGUUCAUUACAUCUUCCUACAUGCACAAAAUGGAAUUUCAGACUGGUAACCAGUGCAACUGUCUAGAAAUCCCAUUUUCAUUUAGCAUGUGCCAGUUCUGUGAAAUUUAAUACAUCACAUUUGAAUAUCCUCUAGAGUUUGCCAGGCAAAUGCAUUUCAGUACUGAUACUCAUACUGUAAAUUUGGGAUAGGAUUUAUGAUUAUUUUUUAUUUUGUUGAUUUGUUUCUCAAAUAAUGGCAUUAUUGUUUCAAAACUAGUAUGAAUAUUACUGCAGAUGUUCUCACUUCUUGUUGAAGAGCAAACCAGUAGCAAUGGCAGCUAUAAUCUUACAGGAUCAUGCUGAUGUCUCUAGACCAAAAACUAUAUUGAAUGUGGAAGGAAAGCCUAAUCUGUUUUCUUUUUUUCUUCCCUCUACUCUUUUUGGACAUGUAAAUGGAUUAUUUGAGUAUUUUUAGUAAGCUGAGAAUCAGGUGGUUUGAGCCACAUGAGGGCACACCUUGCUACAAAAUUAAUCACUUGAUGACAAAAUAUAUAAGAGGAAGGAAAUUAGUAAAAUCUGUCAAGGUAAGGACAGCUGCUCUAUAGGACUCUUAUUUCUAUUUAUUUCUGACUAUAAUGUGUUUACAAAUAAUCCUGUUCAGAGGUAAAGAAACUCUUUGUGGUUCAAUCCACUGUCUGUUGUUUUAGGACAGUUUUCACUCUUGGAAAAGUGUUAAAUUUAAGGGGGCAGACAUACCCAUUGCACUAAAAAAUGCAGAUAUAGGGAGAAAGAUGAUAUAACUCUGCUUCUUAAAUGUUCUGUGGCAUUAUAAUUGUCAGUGACUGGAUCCUUUUUCUAAAUGGAAAGCAGGGAGAUGGAGUAAAACUUUAGGUACAAUUAUACUGUAAUAAUAGGACUUCCAUCAUGAUUGUAAGAAAUUCUUUGUGCCUACUGGACUUGAUUUUGUUGGGUUUUUUUAUUAUUAUUAUUUUUUUAUUUAAGGAAACUUAUGACACUGCUGAGGAGAGUAAGGUGCAACCUUAAACUGUCUAAAGACAUCACAGUUGAGAGCACCUUGCACUGGGCUAGUUCUCCUUCCUAACUGCAGGUUAAGCUUGCUGUGAAUUACACAAGGCCUAGGCUAGCCUUAAAUCAGUGUCUUGGAGAAGCAAUACAAGUCAGGACUCAAAGGCUUUAAAAUUGUACAAACUGAAUUACUAAACAUUCAGAUUGAUAAGUGAUGACUAAUUAUUUUAAUACAACCACAAAACAGUCAAUGUAAACUGAUAUCUGGAAAACAUAAAGGUUUGAGAAUACAUCUUAAGUCCCAGAGGUUGAUAUUGUAUUUUCUGUCUGUUGUGCAAUAAUGCAGUUGAAAUGGUAUCACUCAACAACAAUGCUUUUGAUACUUGAAAAGAAAUUACUGGUUAUUUUUUCUUACUGUGAAAUGUUUGCACUGUCUGAACUUUCUGGUUAACUUUAUAACUGUUAAACUUUUUAACUGGUGUAAUUUAUUGUGCUCAGUAUUUGAUAUGCUGGUCUCCUGUUUGUCUAAGUGUGAGAUUUGUCAUAUUUAAUUGAAUAUUUUUAUCUACACAGUUGUUUAUCUUGAGGGCUUUUCUUCUUUUAAUCUCUCUUCCUGGGAAUUAACUGAAAGAUGGGUUAGAAAGUUGAUACUUACCUACUUCUGAAUUGUAUGCAUUAAUUAAAGAAAGGGGAUGUAGUGCUUUGUAUUGAAAGGGAAAAAAAAUCUGUCAGCCUGUUAGAGCUCUUGUGGUCAGGUUCACCAGUACCUGCUAAGCAGCUGCAUCAGUGAAUCCAGUGAAGUAAAACUGCUACUGCCUUAAUAAUCUGAGGUUUCAGUUGUAAUUUCUUGGUGGCACAGAACUGGACGUGACUCUGGGGGUUGGGCGUGGAAGGUACUUUAGUCAGAAAAAUGCAACAUCAUCUAUCCCACCAGUGGCUUAGCAGCUGCUAGCAGCUGUAGCCUUGUGGGAACUGCCAGGGAAUGUGUCAACUUAAAGUGGCAAUGAACUGGCAGCUGUCAUACAGAAUAUUUGAGUAAAGCUGACUACCUCAGUUCUGUUUGUCUUUGCAUUCAGCUUUUAACCUGCUGUCAACUUCCAGAUCUUAACAUCAAUUAAAUCAAAUCACGUCUCAGGUUUUUAAGAGUAAAAUUACUACAGUAGGAAGCAUAAGCCAUUUUUGAGUAUAGAACACAGCUAAAAUUGUAGCUUAAGCAGCUCAGUUAUGUAGCCUUAAGUGUAGUUUCUGCCAUAAAAUUCAGAAUUCUUUUAAAUAAAAGCAGAGUUUGCUAUAUUAGGUGUCCUGACCACACAUGACCAGUCCCUCCUAUUGCAUCUCUGAAGUGUGAAAACUUGGAAAUACAGCCCAUUUAAGCUUCGUGUUUCCACCAGAGAAGACUGGGCAGCAGGAGCCCUGGAAGUUGUGCUGAGAUGCAUGAGUUUGCUCAUCUGUAACAGAAACAUUUUCAGUGUAUAGUGUCCACAGUUUUAACUUUAUAAUUUUUUUUAAAAUAUUCCAUGUUUGCUUAGGGAAGUAAAUUAGUCUUGCAGUCUUUUUUUGGUCCCAGUAGUUGAAAUAAUUUCAAUUAGAAAUUGAAGCAAGUCAUCUUUUAGGAACACAUUUUUUCUAGUGUUGCAAUUAUCAGGAGGAAGGAUAGCUUUUGUCUGGAAUCACCUGGAAAAGCAGCAAUUCAUUCCUUCUGAAAUGACUUGAGGUCUUGGGAUACAGUCACGGCCCUUGAUGUAGGUUAAUUACUGAAUUAUAUCCCCCAUUAAUUGACUGUCAGUCCAGCACAGCUCAUUCUUUCUGCUGAGCUCUAAUAAACUGGGGACACUGAUGUCUGAGAGCAGACAUAUCCACAAUCCCUUAUGAGACCAGUUGUUUUUAAAUCUUCCUGUCCUGCACAUCUUUCUGCUUGAUGAUAUUUAGUAGAGAGGGAGGUGUACAUCCUUCCUUCCCCACAUUUCCAAGGAGUGACUUUCAGCCAGCUGAGCAGCUCAAGGUGUUUUCCCUGCAAGACUGAAGCCCUGUUUUUAGCUUGUUUGGAUGUGUGGGUGCCUGCCUGCAUGUAUAUACUGCUCUGCAGGAUUUGGGGCUGUUUGUGCACUGAAUAACAGGAUCUUACAUUACCAGACUUCGAAACUGCAAAUGUUGCCUUUUUAAUGUGAAACUUACCUUGGAGAUAAAACAACUGUUUUGAGAGAAGUGGCUGACCUUGAACAUGUGUUUCCUAUUUUGGUACAGAAUGUAAAUAUAGAACUAACUAUUUUACACAGAUUUUGGCUGGACUGAGAUAUAAGGGCUAAUUUGUGUUAUUUAUGGAGUAAAAGUUUCCUUAUUUUACUGUUUAAAAAAGGUAUGUCAUGCAACAGAAGAAAAAACUGUUCUUCAAUAAAAUAUCUGUAGAAUAUUAAUUCUUCUUGUCCUUUUCUUUGAGAGCUGACAAUGAUUAACUGCAAGAGUAAGAGCAAUAAAGGAGCACUAUUACAACAGUCA